UGUAAUCUUAAAAAGAAAAUAUUUGUUUCAAAUAUAACACGGGAAUGGUUGCAGAUUUUGAACGCGUUUUUGUUUCCUUAGUCGGUUCAGUUCAGCGAAAGAAACAAGAAACUUCCUCUUCCUCUCACCGCCGCUGAAUCUUCUUUAUAUACAACACCACAAGCUCUUUCUCUUCCCCGCAUCACUCGCCUUCGUUGUCGAUUUGUUUCCAUCAAGUUUCGUUUUCAAAAACACCCAUCAACAUGAGCUACUACGAUCAUCACCAACAGCCUCCAGUUGGGGUUCCUCCCCCACAAGGGUAUCCAGGAAAGGACUCUUAUCCCCCACCAGGGUACCCUGCUCAAGGUUACCCUCCGGCAGGCUACCCUCCACCGGGGUACCCUCCCCAAGGCUACGCUCCUCAGUACGUUCAACAACCUCCUCCUCCUAGGCAAGAAACCGGUUUUCUUGAAGGAUGUUUGGCUGCACUCUGCUGCUGUUGUUUACUUGAUGCUUGCUUUUAAGUUCUGAAGAGACGUGAUUGGUUGCUGAUUCGGUGUCAUUAUACUGAGUUCUCGGCUAUAUGUUCUGCUAAUUCAGUAUUAGAUUGGUGUCGGUGAUUACUGUAUUUAUACGUGUUAAUUAACGGAUUCAUUUUUAGCAUAGUUAUUAUCAUAAUCUUUCUCUCAUGCAUUUUUCUUAUUUACGAUUAUUAAUUAAUUAAACAACCUUGUAUCUUAUAACACUUAAUAAGUCUAGAUAAUUUCAUGUCA